GGCAAUUGCUUUUGUUAUUUUUAGGCAAGGAACUUUCUUCCACAAGUGGACACUGAGAUGAUUGCUUUUUGUCAAUUAGUUCAAAUGGUAUUGUGCAUGAAGUCCAUUUAAAAUGGAAGCAUCCACAGUGACUUUUGGCAUGACAAUAUGUCUUCCAUGAGACAAUAAGUAAUUUAACAAAGAGCUAGUGUGGAGCUCAGCUGGCAGAUUACAUAGGAAAUGUCUUCCACUGACAUUUGUGCAGUUUAAUUACACAAGGCAUUGCCGUGGCAAUGAUGAUGGAGGUGCAUUUGCAUUUGUUACCAUGACAAAUAUUCUUCUUGAAAGAUGCCUGACAUUAAUAGAGGAAUACGACUAAUACUUAGUAUGCAUGCAGAAUGAGAUGAAUGGUGUAUGUGCCUGUAUUUUGAUCAUUUCUGAAAGGGACAGAAUCCGCCCCCACUUCCUCUGUCCCUCCUUGCCACCUCCUUCUCUCUCCCUCUCUCUCUUUCUCUCUCUCUCUCUCUCUUCCUGAGUCCCAGCCCCUGAAGGUGUCAUAGCUGUGCUUGCUCUCCCUCUCUCACUCACUCUCUAUCACCGCCUUUCACAUCUUUAAAAGCUGGUGCCUUGCUGUGUCUUUCUCGAUAUCCGUUUGUCUCCUCUGGCACUGCAGGGGACUCAUCUGGCAAGGCACCAAGGAGAGCUACUGUAUAGAAGCGGGAGGGAGAGUGAGGAAAGAGGAGAGAGAGAGAGAGAGAGGGAGAGAGAGAGAGAGAGAUAACAGAAAUAGCAUCAGCCACAUUUACCUGUCAGUGUGUGAGUGUGGAGAAUUUGGAGACAUGCCUUUGCUUUGUAACUUAACUAUCGUUGUUUUAUUGCUGAUUGUUCACUGUGGAUCGUGGACAGGGGCCAGUCGUUUGGGCCCCUUCAAGGUUUGUCCCAGCUGCAGGGAUCCACUUGGUGCUGGGAGACCCCCCAGGGAGCACAAUGUGGCAGGCAGCACGACGAUGUUGGCCCAGGGAGAGCCCUGUGGCGUGUACACCCUAAGCUGUGCCAAGGGGCUCCGCUGUGUUCCCCCGCCAAGGGAGCAUAGCCCCCUUCAAGCUCUGUUGCAGGGUAGGGGCAUUUGUGCCAAGCACAGCAGGACAAGUCCCACUGAGAGGCCCCACCCAACAGGUGCUCAUCCUUCCCACAGCGGUGACAUUGAAAAAGCACCCUGCCGCAAAAUGCUCAACAGUGUCCUGAGAGGUUUGGAAUUGACAAUCAUCCAGUCUGACCGCGACAUCUACAUACCGAACUGUGACACCCGUGGGUUCUACAGAAAAAAGCAGUGCCGCUCUUCCAAAGGCAUGCAGCGUGGCCACUGCUGGUGUGUGGACGAGCUUGGCACUCCAGUGCCCUCACGUGCCAGCGAAGACGGUGUUUUACCGUGCGACGGGGAGUGAGAGAUGAGUUUCUGCUAUUGUCAAAUGCCUGGAGGAAGAGGAGGAGGAGGAGGAGGAGGAGGAGGAGAAGAAGGAGCACAGGGAGAGGGGAGCUUUAGCAUGGGCUAGAAACUGCCUGGACAGGAGGUAGCAGGGAAAACCACUUCCAAUGGAAAGCACACAUCAGUCCAUGUCCUCUUUUGAAGGAAACAUACACACUUACAGUCCAGGGAUGAUAUCAACCACCUGAAUGUCCAACUGAUACAGCAAUAUUCCCUGUGUCAUCCUUCUAGACACACUGCAUGCUCAUUUUAAUGGUCCAUGAACUUCCUCAGUGAUCCGAGCCGUAUUACUGCAAAAUAUCUCCCUAUUCCCUGCCUCUUGUUCUGGCUUUCUAGUUAGAUUUCUCUUUUCCAUUUGAAUAUAGGAUAGCUGACACUGCCUGUGUUUGUUCUGAUCUCAGUGGGCUGAAAUACUGUUACGCAGGUGAUGUGACACCAAUGUGUGUCAUCCUCAUCAUCCUCUCUCCCUCUCUCCAAAGAUACACUGAUAUCAAUGUCUCUUAGAAUAAUUUAUUUUGGGGUCUGUUUUCCAUCAAUUACUGCUUUAAGCUUACAAUAUCUUAUAUAUUUGUGUGUCAUGUCUGAAAAAAAUAGUCAAAUGAAAAUGAUACAGGAUGCUUCUGUUCGUUUAUUUGUCAAAUUGGUGUGGUGACUGCUUAUCAGUUGAUUGUACAUAUGUUGGAAUUUUGUGGUUGACUGUGUGUUCUGAAGUGGCAAAAAAAAGUGUACGGCUGUUAUCCUUUAAAAAAAAUGUAAGGCAUAUUUUUAUACACGUCAAUAUAUUUUAUAUAUGAAUUAUUGGUUUAUUUAAUGAACUACAGUAUAAUGCCAUGUAUUUUUAUAUUGCCAGCUAUUUCUUAUUUAAAGACUGGGAUUAUUUUGUUUCAUGUUGGGGGAAGUGCAGUGCUUUUAGAGCAUUUUUAUGGCAAAACUCAUCAGAGCUCGAUUCAGCUAUUGUACAUAGUUUGGUUUUAGCUCAUGUUUUUAUUUCCUUCCUAUUUAUGUUGUGUGUUUUUUUUUUCAUUUUAGAACUGAGAAUGUCCAUUAUACUAUUGUGUUCUUCCAUUAAAUUUCUGUUUCCAAAAGAUUAGAAAAAAUGUUUAAAAUGUGUUCUUUCCCAAGUCUUGCCAAAGUCAUGAAAUUGUGUGCUAUGUGUGAUUAGAAUUUAUCCAUUUCUGACAAAUCUUGUUGUGCAAAUGUGUUAACCGUGAUGGCUUGUCUAAGCAAAAAGGACAUCAAACAUAAUGAUGAUAAAUAUGGACCAGAAUUAAUAAAAACAUAUAUUGAUACAAGUACAAACA